AUGCCCCGACAAGUUGACAGUAUCAAAGACUUCUUGCGGAAGACGCAGCGCGCCGAUGCGAAAUCCGUCAAAAUUAAGGAGAACAAGGAUAAUGUCAAAUUCAAAAUCCGAUGCAGUCGUUUUCUGUAUACUUUGGUAGUCACCGAAAAAGAAAAAGUCGGGAAAAUUAAAAGCUCAUUACCACCAAAUCUUACUGUAAAAGAAAUAAAGUGA